AUGAUUGAUGAGAUAGACACACUGUGUCAGAACUUUAUUGCCGCUUUUAAAGAGUAUCUGGCUGAUUGGUCUUCUCAACGUCAGAAAGAGGGCAAAGAUGCGUCCUCUCUAGGUCAUGAUUUGGAUCUUGCAAUUCGCCCACAAAUCGCACAUCUCACUCAAGAUAGUGACGCGUCUCGUGCCAUUUCUGAAUAUCUUAUAGGCAAGAUGAAGGCUGCACCCAAUGUGAUCACAUAUGAUUGGUGCCCUCUCGUGAACAAACUGCUCUUAGAUUCCGUAGAAAAAGGAUUCCAAACACUUUUUACUGUGGUCGAUUCAGAAAUGCAAGGAAGAGGUUAUCAAGUUGAAUUUGCUUUAUGUUCUUUUGACACUUAA